AUAUAAAUCAUAGGUCGUCCUCUUCCCCAACACAACUUCUCACAUCUCAUAAAAAGUGAGACAAAUUACGACAGAAAGAAAGAGAGAGAGAUCCAAGAAAAUGAACCACACGGUGGAUGAUCAAAACAUGGCUUUCAUAUCUCAGUUGUACCCUGAUGUCUACACUCAGAUAGUACCACAACAAGGAGAAGUGAAGCCACCGAAGCGGAGGAAGAAAAAGAACAAAGGAGCGGUGACUGCCGGAGAUGGAAGCAGCUGCCUGUUUAGGAAGAGAAAGCUUACCGAUGAGCAAGUGAACAUGUUGGAGAUGAGUUUUGGUGAUGAGCACAAGCUUGAGUCGGAGAGGAAGGAUAGACUUGCGGCGGAGCUAGGGCUUGACCCUCGUCAAGUCGCCGUUUGGUUUCAGAACCGUCGUGCACGGUGGAAGAACAAAAGGCUCGAGGAAGAGUACAAUAAACUCAAAAACUCACAUGACAACGUCGUUGUCGACAAGCGCCGACUUGAGUCUGAGGUUCUUCAGCUCAAGGAACAGCUCUACGAUGCAGAGAGAGAAAUCCAAAGAUUGGCAGAAAGAGUAGAAAGAGGUUCAAGCAACAGUCCGAUUUCUUCUGUUUCCGUCGAAGUCAAUGAAACACCGUUUUUUGGAGACUAUAAUGUUGGAAAAGACGGUGACGACUAUGAUAAUCUGUUUUAUCCGGUGCCGGAAAACAGUUACAUCGAUGGAGCAGAAUGGAUGAAUCUAUACAUAUCCUAAAAUUACUAGCUUAAAUGUAAUAUUUAAUUAUAUUAAUUAGUGUCGUCAAUUAGGGAAGAAUAUUUUUAAGUAAAUUAAUAGAUUAUAUAAUUGUCGAAUUUAUAAUGUACAAAUAUUAUGACAAUGGC